AUGUCCAAUUAAAUAUUGGAAGAGGAUCUUAAUUAGUCUCUAAGAUUAAUAGUAUAAGGUAAUCAAAAGUUGAAUCUUAGGCAGAGAGAACUUUUUAAAGGCAACCAACUGUGAGAUGAGGUAACAAAGCUAUUCUUAAAUGAAAAAAGGGUGUGGAGAUCUCCUAACUUAUAUAAGACAUGAAAAGGAUGAGAAUAUAAAAACGAUGAUGAGUUAAUAACUAAAAAGAUAUAUAGAUGAGUUAAACAACUUCUCUGAGGCUAUGAAAAUAAAUUAAUAAACUGAAGAAGUUGAAGUUGUUUAAGUUAAAAAAUAAGAACUCCUAUAUACUCAAGAGUCAAACAAAGAGAUUUAAUUAUAUAAUGCAUAAUAUGCUAAAUAUGUUGAAAUCCACCAAGUUACUUAAAAUAAUACUACUUAAAUAAUAGGUUUGGAAUCACAAAAAUAGAUAUUAAAUGAGCGUAUUGGUUUGCCGUUACUAUUUCCUUAGUUAUUUUAAGGGAACCGAAAAUUACAAACAUCAACAUUAUUAUAUGGAGUAUAUAUUCUACAUUAACAACUAGCCUAGAGGAACAGGAAAAACUGAAUUAUUAAGAUAGAUUGCCUCCGAUUGUAAGGCUCUUCUGAUAAUAGUCAAUAUUUCGAUGAUCAUUGAAUUGGAGGAACAAAAUACUGUAUCAGAAUUAAUGAAUCAAAUAGAAUAAUAAACGAAAAAUAAAUCUUUUAUAAUUGUGCUUAAAUAAUUAGAAGAAUGUAAAAAUAGAGAAAAAUUGAUUUAAUUUUUUGAAAAAUAUAAUCUCAAAAGCUUAGUAGAAAGUGAGAGAUUAGCAUCAAACGUGAUCGGAUGUACGAACUAACCUUGGAAGAUUCAUCAUUCAGUCAGAAGGAUGUAAAGAAUAAUUCAUAAAAAAUAGCUUUGAGAAUAGAGUAGAAUUUACUUUGAUGUCAGAAAAAUAAAGAUUAGAAUUCAUAAACCAUAAAUUGUUCUAAUUUCAGCAAUAUAAGUUGCAAAAUAAUGAAAUAGCCGAAUUAGCCAAAAUUACUAACAAAUUUACAGGGAUGGAUCUUAAGAAUUUGUUUACAAAGGCAAUACAGAUAUAUGAGUAAAAGUAAUAUGCAAAAACUGAUGUAAGAUUUCUACUUAUGAAAGUAAGAUUUCUAUGAUUGUAUUUUGGAUGUACUUUAAGUUUAAAAGAGCUCUGUAUAAGAUUCUGAAAUCUAAUAAUUUACAUAAUGGAAAUAAGAAUUUUGCAUUUGA